CGCGCGAGGCAUCACGGGAACUCGGGGGCUAUAAAAGACCUGGUUGCUAUUUUGUGCUCCCCGAGUCACCCGGCCUGUAAGCGCGCGGGGCGGUGCUUGGUGCGCGUGCGCGGCCCUGCUACCCCUCCCAAACUGCCAACUCUGCGCGCAGGCGAGUUGGGCUCGUUCUGCCUCGGUUUACGCGUGCGCCCAGCGGGCUUGGCCCCGGAAGACCAGACGCCUGCGCAGUGGGGGCUAAGGUGACAGCCCUCCGGGUGGGGCGCGGGUCCGUCAUGGCGGAGUCCUGGUCUGGGCAGUCCUUGCAGGCGCUGCCGGCCACGGCGCUGGGCGCUCUGGGCGCCCUGGGCAGCGAGUUUCUGCGGGAGUGGGAGGCGCAGGACAUGCGUGUGACCCUCUUCAAGCUGCUGUUGCUGUGGUUGGUGCUAAGUCUCCUGUGCAUCCAGCUGGCGUGGGGGUUCUACGGGAGCACGGUGACCGGGCUGUACCAUCGCCCAGCUCUGGAUGUGUUCCUGCCCCCAGGUCUGGGCGGCCAGAACGGAUCCACACCCGAUGGCUCCACGCAUUUCCCUUCGUGUUUCAGAGAUGAAAUGGCAAGUGCCUGGCACUGCACUUCACUGCAAGCCCCGCCGCUGGAAAGGCAGGGCCUCUGUCCUUCCUGCACUGCCUCAUCAGGAUCAACCUGCUCAUCUGUGAAACAUGGGCCCAGUCGUCAGGGCAUUCUUUCAGCUAAUCUCUGGGCUCCCACCACCUGGCAGGGACCAGAGAACAAGGGAGACAGCAGCAAACGAGCCUCUCAAAACCCACAGAGAAUAAGGGAGGCAGCAGAGGGGUCUCCAGGGACAUCUCCGGGUCUGCCGGCUCCCACACUGGGUCCUACUGCUGCCCAGGCCCCAGGGAUGACUGCAGGGGCGUCAGGGUUGGGGGGUAGGGAGUACCCCAGUGCUUGUGGAGUUGGGCCCCCACUGCCCUGGGCAUUUCCUCCAGCAGCCCAGGCACUGGGCCGGGAAAGAGUUCUCUCCCCUGAUCUGGUGCCUUAAGGAGAGCAGGCAUGCUGCUCUCUCGGGUCAGUGUAGAAGCCUCUGGGUUAGGAAGGCCAGCAGCCCAUUUCCUGUCUUGGCUUUUUCCUGUCCCUCUUCCCAUCCCCCUGGGAGCUGACCCACAGGGAUUUGUCCCUCACGAAGCCUGAGGUUGACUUGCUCUGGGAUUUGCAAGGGAAGUCUGUUUCCACUUAAACCAUAGGUUUUCUGAAUUUGGUUUUGCUGUGUUGGCAGGGACCCAGGAAUCUUGGCCUGGACACAGCCUUAUACUCUGUGGGUACUUAGUUGGCCAUUCAAGUAUAAGUAAGGCAGGGGGCAGCUGGCACCAUCCAGACAUGGAGGCACCAAACACCUAGCUUCCGGUCACAUCCAGAGCUCUCCAGGUGUGAGCCAGGCUAUGGAAACUCUUAUCCUGAGCAUCAUCCUCAUAUUCCUCCCAAUCCUUGGAGGGAAGCUGGGUGCCUGGAAGAGGCUGAGCCCCAGGGUGACUUCCCACCCCCAACACUUCAGUGCUAAGCGCCCCGGGUGGUGGGUCUGUCCCCUGCCCCUCCUCGGGAUCCUAAGCAGUUAGCACAGGGCAGCCCCGGCCGCAGCCUCAUCACUUCCCAUCUUGACCUGGAACCACAGGAGCUUCGUCCUAAGAGCAGCUCGCGGGCUCAGGUCCUCCCCACUAGCGCCAUCUCAGCCCCCAAGAACUUUUAAGAGGGCAGAGCCACAGGCGAAGCAGGCCUGCCCCUUCCCAAGUAGGCCAGGGGGCCUGCCAAAGGGAUGGGCGGCAAGGCCAGUUCCCGAAGGCAGUGUGGCCUAGACCUGCCUCCGGGCCGUCUGCCUGCCCCCCUGUCGGUGUCACAUCGCCAUCUGGCAGCCUGUGCCUGGACCGCCUGCACAGGGUGCUGAGCUCCUGCCCGGUGCUUACUGCCCAGACACCGUCUGCCGCGGGGUGAUGGUCUGGCAGCCCCAGGUGACCCACUGACGCCACCACACAGAGUCGGGGUCGCAUUCCACUCGAGGCUCAACUGAGUUCGUGGCUAUUAAACAUGGAAGUGCA